AAUUUCUGGUCCCGCCGCAAACGCUACACGGAGCUCUUCGCGUUUGGAAGCACAUUUUAACGCUGCGGAGAAUGGUUCUGAUUACUUUGACCCUGGUUGCGUUGGCUGUGGGCCUGCUGUAUGCUGUUCUGAUAUGGAACUACGAUCACUGGCGAAAGCGGGGAGUGCCGGGUCCCAAGCCCCAGCUUUUAUGCGGCAACUACCCCAACAUGUUUACCAUGAAGCGACAUCUCAUCUACGAUCUGAACGACAUCUACAAGAAGUAUAAGCACAAGUACGAUGCUGUGGGCAUUUUUGGCUCCCGCUCUCCACAACUGCUGGUUGUCAAUCCGGAGUUGGCCCGGCGAGUAUUCGUAUCCAACUUCAAGAACUUCCAUGACAACGAGAUUGCCAAGAACAUUGAUGAAAAAACCGACUUUAUUUUUGCCAAUAAUCCGUUCUCGCUUACUGGCGAAAAGUGGAAGAACAGGCGGGCAGACGUGACUCCUGGUCUAACAAUGGGACGGAUUAAGACCGUAUAUCCGGUGACGAACAAGGUGUGCCAUCAGUUAAGCGGGUGGGUGGAAAAGCAAAUACGUCUCGGUUCACCCGAUGGUAUCGAUGCAAAGCAUAUGAGUCUCUGCUUUACAACAGAAAUGGUCACCGAUUGUGUUUUGGGGCUGGGCGCCGAAAGCUUUACAGAGAAGCCCACUCCCAUUAUGUCGAGUAUCAAGGACCUGUUCAACCAGCCUUGGACCUUUGUGAUCUUCUUUGUGCUGACCAGUAGCUUUCCAUCGUUGAGCCGCCUGAUUAAACUGCGAUUCGUACCGCUCAAAGUGGAACGCUUUUUCGUCGACCUGAUGGGCAGUGCUGUGAAGGCACGUCGCGCCCAAUUGGCGGGUGGAAAGCAGUUCGAGCGGUCCGACUUCCUGGACUACAUCCUGCAGCUGGGGGAGAAGCGCCAGCUGGACAACCGUCAGUUACUUGCCUACUCCAUGACCUUCUUGCUGGACGGAUUCGAAACGACGGCCACUGUUCUGGCCCACAUGCUCCUCAACCUGGGACGCAAUGCCCGGGCACAGGAGCUUCUACGUCAGGAGAUUCGCUCCCAUCUCGAAGAUGGCAUCAUUAACUUUGAGAAGCUUAACGAUUUGCCUUACUUGGAUGCUUGUCUGCAGGAAACCAUCCGUUUAUUCCCACCCGGAUUUAUGUCCAAUAAACUCUGCACUGAAUCCAUCGAGAUUCCCAACAAGGAUGGCCCCAGCUUCGUGGUAGAGAAGGGAACCACUGUUGUGGUACCUCACUAUUGCUUCAUGUUGGACGAAGACUUCUUCCCGGAUCCUCAGUCAUUCCAGCCAGAACGAUUCAUGGAGCCUGAUGCGGCCAAAACUUUCAGGGAAAAGGGUGUCUUCAUGGGAUUCGGAGAUGGUCCACGCGUUUGCAUUGGAAUGCGAUUUGCCACAGCUCAGAUAAAGGCAGCCAUUGUGGAACUGAUCUCAAAAUUCAAUGUCAAGAUCAAUGCCAAAACCCGCAAAGACAAUGACUACGACCCUGGUCAAAUCAUCACCGGUCUGCGUGGCGGCAUUUGGUUAGACCUUGAAAAACUGUAGAGAUUCAAUUGAUCCAUAACCCUCCCCCUGAGAGCGACGAAAUAAUUGAACUUUAUGCGUUGCGCAAGCUUUCCAGUCUAUGUUAUGCAUAUAUUCUGCCAGAGAGAUAGUUAAGCUUGCAAUAGCUUU